AAGUCUGAUUUUUCUGGUCGCUUGUAAAAGGUUCUAAAGAGCAAGCUUGUAAGAAUUUGGAGUCUUAUCUGUAAUGGUUGCUGUGACAUGAGCACCAGCACACUUUAAGAAGCUGACUUAUCACUCUGCACUCUGUCUGGUGUUUUUUCUCACUGUUUAUAUCUAAUUUCCUAUCCAAGGCUGGUCAUGAAUAGUGCCCAGAGAAAGCGUAGAGGAUCUCAAUCAACCAAAACCAGAUCUUCACACAAGAGAAGAAGAGGGAACACGUCAACCAGUGCAAUGACAACAGUUAUAGAGCUGGAAGAAAGUGUGGAUGAAGUUGUGGAUUUGACGUGUGAAUCCUAUGAGCCAUCCGUUGUUGACCUAACCGACCUAACUCACAAUGAUUCUGUGGUGAUUGUUGAAGAGCACCAAGGCCAGAGAAGAAAUAGAAGAAAUCCAGCCAGCGGGUCCUCGCAUGUUGCGAGUAUAUUAAGCAGUGACGAUGAAGAUUCAAGAGAUAACGACAUUUGUUUUGGUGGCAGUAAAUCCAGCGACGUAACAUCUUCACACAACACUAGAUCUAGGUCGACUGGAGGAAAUAUUAUUUGUCCUAUUUGUAUGGAUAGCUAUUCCGAAAUUGUGCAAAACGGACGUCUCAUUGUGUCAACGAAAUGCGGUCAUAUAUUCUGCAGCCAGUGCCUUCGUGAUGCCCUUAAAAAUGCCACCUCUUGUCCAACCUGCCGGAAGAAACUUACACACAAGCAGUAUCACCCCAUUUAUAUAUGACGGAUCAGUAAGGUGUACAUUUAUAAAGCCGAGAAUCUGACUUGCUGAAAGUCACUUUCACAGCUUUAUAGGUAUACCCCUAAUUGUGUUGUGUGCCCAGACCGGACCUACCCCUGAACUCU